AUCCAGAGACUACAUUUUCAGCAGACCUGCAUUCAGGCGUGAGGAUGCGUCUGGCAAUACAUCCUCUGAGUGUGGCCUGUCUGGUCCUCUUCUUGUCUGCUGUUGCUAACGGAGAUCCAUUGAAGGUUUUGUCUGCUCCUAACUUGCUGCGUAUUGGAGCAACAGAGAACAUAUUUGUGGAGUGUCACGAAUGCUCAGGGGCAGCCAUUGAUGUUAAAAUAUAUGUGAAGACCUUUCCAGCUGGGGAUAGUGAUCUGGACUCCACAACUGUGACCCUAAACACAGAUAAUAAAUUUCAAGGUUUUGGUGAAAUUAAGAUCCCGGCAGAUGAAUUUAGAGAUGACCCUACGCUGAAGCAGUAUGUGUUCCUGGAAGCAAGGUUUACAGAUGGAACCAUUCUGAAGAAAGUGGUCUUGGUCUCCUUCCAGUCAGGCUACAUCUUCAUUCAGACCGACAAACCUCUAUACACCCCAAACAGUAGAGUUCAUUAUAGAGUGUUUGGUGUAACACCUCGUAUGAAACCUACAGCAGACGAGGACUCCAUCAUCAACAUUAAUAUUGUGACUCCUGAUGAUAUUAUUUUAUCAGAGGACCCUGUCUCACUGACUUCAGGAGUACACUCUGGACUUUACGUUCUUCCUGAAAUAGUGAGUACCGGGAUGUGGAAAGUGGUAGCCACAUUCCAGAACAGCAAACAGAACAACUACUCUGCUGAGUUUGAGGUCAAAGAAUAUGUUUUACCUAGCUUUGAGGUUACAAUUACCCCUGAUAAACCAUUCUUCUAUGUCGAUGAUGAGAUGUUGACCGUAGACAUCAGAGCCACGUAUCUGUUUGGGAAAGAAGUGGAAGGGAGUGCUUAUGUGAUCUUUGGGAUGAUUGAUAAAAACAACGAUAAACAUAGUUUCCCAAGAUCCAUUCCGCAAGUGAAGGUACGAAAUGGUAAAGCACAAGCCACAUUAACUAGGGCACAAAUCCUAGAAACCUAUCCAGACAUUGAGAAUGAGGUGAAGAGUUCCAUAUAUGUUGCUGUCACUGUGUUGACGGAAUCUGGUAGUGAAUUAGUGGAAGCAGAGAAACAAGGCAUAAAAAUUGUUGCAUCUCCUUAUGCAAUCAAUUUCAAGAAUACACCAAAGUAUUUCAAACCAACAAUGUUCUUUGAAGUUUUGGUUUAUGUUGAGUACCCUGACGGGUCUCCAGCCGCUGACGUACCAGUACGAGUUGACCCAGGUGAUAUUGAAGUCAGAACGACCAAAAGUGGUUUAGCCAGGGCCCCUAUCAACUAUGUUCAAGGUUCUCUUCAACAUCUGGAAAUUACUGCAAGAACCGCUGAUCCAGACGUUUUAGACAAAAGACAGACAUCAGCAACUAUGAGAGCCCAUCCUUACAAAAGCGUGAUCAGCAGCUACAUACACAUUGGUGUGGGCUCAUCUGAAGUGAGAUUAGGAGAUAACCUCCAAAUCACCUUGAAUCUCAAUGCUCCAGAUAAAAUUCGUGAUAUCACUUAUCUGAUCCAGAGCAGGGGCCAGCUGGUGAAACAUGGCCGUUUCAGGGUGCAGUUGACGACAAUAGCAAUGACGUUACCAGUCACCAAAGAAAUGCUGCCAUCCUUCCGCAUUAUUGCUUACCACCGCGAUCGAAGUGAGGUGGUCUCCGACUCUGUCUGGGUGGACGUCAUAGACACCUGUAUGGGCUCGUUGAAGUUGGUUCCAGCCUCAGCCCUUCCCUCAGAGCCUCGACAAACAUUCCGCUACACCAUCACAGGCGACCCAGGAGCCACAGUCGGCCUGGUAGCAGUGGACAAAGGAGUCUAUGCCCUCAACAACAAACACCGCCUCACUCAGAGAAAGGUGUGGGAUGUAGUGGAGAAGGAAGAUACAGGAUGCACACCUGGUGGAGGGGAGGACAGCAUGAACGUGUUCUAUGAUGCAGGACUGUUGUUUCAGAGCGACGUUAUCGGGACUGCGGACAGAGAAGUAUUCAAAUGCAAAGUUUUACCCAGGAAGAAACGUACCACCGUAACCCCCACACUCGAUGUUAGAACGACCCUCUUGAGUGAUUACAAAGACAGCUUGCUGCGCAAGUGUUGUUUGGAUGGGAUGGCAAAAACGCCACUAUCGUACAGCUGUGAGCGGCGCAGGGAGUACAUCUCAGAUGGGAAAGCCUGUGCUGAUGCCUUCCUCAAGUGCUGCCAAGAGCUAACCAAACUACGAACUGAAAGAAAAACUGAAGCCCUCUACGCGGCUCGCAGCGAGGAGAGGGAAAUUAUCUUCAAGGACAGUGGGCAAAUUGGUACUCGUACAGAGUUUCCUGAAAGUUGGCUAUGGGUAGAUUACAAACUCCCUCUUUGCCCUAACAACGAUCCUAAAUGCAAGACAACAUCGUUGGAGAAAAGGACUGCGUUGAAAGACUCAAUCACCACCUGGCAUCUUACUGGAAUCAGCCUGUCUCCGACCCAUGGUAUCUGUAUAGAUGACACAUUGAAGAUAGUUGUCCUGAAGAAAUUCUUCAUUGAUCUUAGACUACCUUAUUCAGCUGUCCGUGGAGAACAAAUUGAAAUAAAGGCAAUCCUUCAUAACUAUUUGUUGGACGAAAUCAAAGUCCGGGUAUAUCUGAAAGAGGUAACGGAUGUGUGCAGUUUAGCGUCAAAACGAAAGGAGCACUACGAGACAGUCAGAGUGGCUCCCGAGAGCACACGCUCCGUGUCUUUCAUCAUAAUCCCUAUGAAGCAUGGCAAGUAUCCUAUUGAGGUGAAGGCUUCUGUUGCGCAUCCACAAAUCGAAGAUGGCAUCAGAAAGGAGCUGCUAGUAGUGCCUAAUGGAAUAAAGAAAAAGGUAACAGUGAAUAGAAACAUAAGAGUUGAAAAAAGCAGAAAGUUGGAGAUUAUUACAAAUCCAAUUGACACAACAUAUAUGGUUCCAGACACACCUCAGGCUUCACAAAUAUUCGUUACGGGAGGAUCGCAGAUGAAUGUGCUUGUAGAGAACGUCGUGAGUGGCUCCUCUUUGAGCCAUCUAAUCCGGCAGCCCCAAGGCUGCGGAGAGCAGAACAUGAUGAGCAUGACUCUACCUGUGAUUGCUACAACGUAUUUGGACAAAACCAAACAGUGGGAUACAGUGGGAUAUUCAAAACGUGUUAAUGCCCUUGAAUAUAUUAAGACAGGGUUCAGAAAUGAGCUUGCCUUUCGGAAGACUGAUGGAGGUUUUAGUACUUUUAAAACAAGUACUGCUCUCUCAUGGCUGACAUCUUAUGUUGCAAAGGUGUUUAGCAUGGCCUAUUAUCUGGUAGACAUCGACAUAAAUAUUAUCUGCGGUGCCAUCAAAUGGGUGAUUAUGAACUCACAGAAGACUGAUGGCAGGUUCGCGGAGAUUGGACGUGUAAUACAUGGAGAGAUGAUGGGGGAUGUGCGUGGCUCGGACUCUGAUGCCUCCAUGACGGCUUUUUCACUCAUUGCCAUCCAGGAGGCAAGGCCGAUUUGUGAAGAAGUGGUUAACAGCAUCCCAGGAAGCGUAAACAAAGCUGUGGCUUUCCUGGAGAGAAGACUACCAGAACUUAGCAACCCGUAUGCUGUUGCCAUGGUAUCCUAUGCACUGGCCAACGAAAAUAAAUUCAACAAGGAUAUCCUCUACAGAAAAGUAUCCCGAGACUUGGACCAUUGGCCAGUUGGGUCGGGUCACGUCUUCACACUAGAGGCCACAGCAUAUGCUCUUCUAGCUCUGGUCAAAGUCAAGGACUUUGAGGCUGCUGCUCCAAUUGUCAGAUGGCUUAGCGUUCAGAGAUCCUCGAACGGAGGCUUUCAUUCUACCCAGUCAACCAUCAUGGUGUAUCAGGCACUUUCAGAGUAUUGGGUUAAUGUUAAAGAGCAACAAUAUGCAAUGGAUAUUGCGAUUCAAGUGGAAGGCCGCUCAGGGUCGUUGUCCCCCUUCAGAAUCAGCACUGAAACCGCGUUUCAGUCGAGAACAUCUAAGUACAAUGGCAUUAACAAGCAAGUAAACAUCACUGCCGAGGGUACCGGAGAAGCUACUGUGUCAGUAGUGUCACUGUAUUAUGCAACGCCUGCGAAAGAUCAAGCGAAUGACUGUGCUAAAUUUGAACUGAAUGUGACACUUUCCCAAGGAGCAGGAGUGGGUGAACAAAACGUAUAUCUGCUUAAAAUAGAGGUCUUGUAUAAGGAUAGGCAAAAAGAUGCAGGCAUGACCAUCUUGGAUAUUGGUUUGCUUACUGGUUACACCCCUGAUGUAGAAAAUCUCAACCAACUGUCAAAAAACAAGGACAGAGCAAUCAGAAAGUUUGAAAUGGACAAAGUGCUGUCAGACAAAGGUUCCCUUAUCCUUUACCUGGACAAGGUUUCUCACACACAGCCAGAGGAAGUGGCUUUCCAUAUCAGACAGACAAUUAAAGUUGGUGUCUUACAACCAGCAACUGUAUCUGUCUAUGAGUACUAUAAUGAGAAACCUUGUGUGAAAUUCUAUCAUCCAGCUAGGGAAGAUGGAAAACUACUUAAACUCUGUCGAGGGGAUCUAUGCAAAUGUGCUGAAGAGGAAUGCAGUAUGCAGAAGAAGGGUGCAAUCGACAAUAAUGAACGAAAAGACAAGGCCUGUGACGCUGAAGCAAAAAUCGAUUAUGUGUAUAAAGUUAAGAUGGAAAGCUAUGACGAUCACCAAACCACCGAUUUUUACAAGAUGCGGAUAGAGAAGGUGAUCAAGGAAGGAUCUCUUGAUAAAUCUCCAUUGGGUAAACAACGCAUCUUCCUAGGUUAUUCCCACUGCAGAGAGUCUAUAGGUCUGAGCUCUGGCAAGAGCUAUCUCAUCAUGGGCACAUUGGAUAAUACAGAGAAAAUUGACGAUGAGUAUCGGUAUGUGCUAGGGGAGAAGACAUGGAUAGAGUACUGGCCAACAGAUCCAGAGUGUGCUGAAGAUUUUCAAGAAAUCUGUCAAGGCCUGGAAGAGCUAGUUUUUACAUUUGAAUUUGAAGGAUGUAGGGAUUAGUGUGAACAAAGACCAGGCAACCGAAUCUGUGAUUUGCUUUUCAAUCAAAAUAUGAAUUUGACCAAAUGAUUUGUGUUUCAAAUCUUUUGAUUUCUUCUGUGGUAUAAAUUAAAUUGUAUCCGGUUAAUUUCGUUGGGUUGACUUGGUGAUGUUAAUAACAAAAGUUACAUACCAAACCUAUCUGGAUCUUCUUUUGUUGGAACAUAGUCAGACUCUAGAAGGUAUUAUUGAUUACUGCUAUGGCUUCAUUUUUGGUAUAACAGAUUUUCCGGAUUAUGAAAUGGACAAAAAAAUUGUCACAAUAAAAUUCGGGAUUUUAACAGUGUAUUUUCAUUUAAUCAAUUUGAAUAAAGGCAAAUCAUGAUGCAACCAA